CUGCUACUGCUAACUUGUUCUUUUGUCCAAGCUUUCCAGUUUCUCAUGAAUGCAUCAUCUGCAUAUUUUGUGACUAUCGUGGCUCAUGGGACAAUGUUAGUGAUGGCGUUAUCAGAAAUGAAUGAAUACGUGAUGGCAACACUACCCUUGACAGACUGGACCGAACGUGAGUAUGCGGAUGUGGAAACAUCACUAACGGUCGCAAUCAGUCUCGGGAUAGCAUGUUGUGUCACUGAAGUUGUGUUACUGACAUUCCAACUUCAUACCUUUACAAAAGCCAUCUUUUCGAUGUGCUUGCAUCUUUUGGCAACGAUUUUCCUUUUAAAAUUUAUUGUUGACAGCCAUCCGCUAUAUCAUUUCUGGAUUGUUUUCGGAAUUUUUUCGGUGCCUGCUAUGCUAAUUGCUUGCUUGAACCCAUGUAUGAAUUUUAAAUUGAAAGAACACUGCUGA